UACGGACACUCCCCGAACGGGCGGGAGAAAGAGCCGGAGGCGGCGGCGGGUGCGUGAUGCGGUCCGAGAAGGAGGCAGCCAGCGGGGCCGGGGGUUCUGGAGUCGGCGGGGCUGGGCGGGGAUCAGGUGGCAAAGAGAAACCUCUAUUGCCGCCGCCGCCACCACCACCUCCGCCUCCACCCCUACCGCCUCCACCGGCAUCUUCCCGCGGAGGGACGGCGAUGGAGAUCCAGUUCCGCCGCGAGUCGCCUCGGCGCGAAGUGGAGACGCCCCCGACCGCAGUCUCGGCCUCGGGCUGCGGGGGCGGUGGAAGCAGUGGCAGUGGUGGUGGUGGGGGAGGCGGCGGCGGUGGAGGAGGAGGCGGCAGCAAGCCGCGGGAGGAGAAGAAAACGGUCCUGAGCAAGGUUGUUAUUCGUCGACUUCCUCCAAGUCUAACCAAGGAGCAGCUAGAAGAACAGUUACAUCCACUUCCUGCUCAUGAUUACUUUGAAUUUUGUACAGCGGAUCCCAGUCUUUAUCCUCAUCUUUAUUCAAGAGCAUAUAUUAAUUUUCGAAAUCCUGAUGACAUCCUUCUUUUUAGAGACCGUUUUGAUGGCUAUGUCUUCAUUGAUAGUAAAGGACUGGAAUAUCCUGCUGUAGUAGAAUUUGCUCCAUUCCAAAAGAUUUCCAAAAAGAAAUUAAAGAAAAAAGAUGCCAAAGCAGGGAGCAUUGAAGAAGAUCCUGAAUAUAGGAAAUUUCUAGAAGCCUAUUGUGUUGAGGAGGAGAAAAUAAGUGCCAAUCCUGAAACUCUUUUGGGAGAAAUUGAGGCAAAGACACGAGAACUCAUUGGAGUUAUAUACUACAUCACAAUUUUUUGUAUUUUAGCUAGAAGAACAACACCUCUUUUGGAAUAUAUUAAAAAUAGAAAAUUAGAAAAGCAGAGAAUCCGAGAAGAAAAAAGAGAAGAACGAAGAAGAAGAGAAUUAGAAAAGAAACGCUUGAGAGAAGAAGAGAAAAGAAAACGUAGAGAAGAGGAAAGACGUAAGAGAAAAGAAGCUGAAAAACAAAAGAAAAUUGCUGAAAAAGAGAUAAGAAUCAAGCUUCUUAAAAAACCUGAAAAGGGAGAGGAACCAGCAAUAGAAAAGCAGAAAGAAAAAGGUGAGGAAGCUGAUAUUGAAGAAGGAAAAUGGGAAAAAUCUUCCAGCUCUGGAAGCAUAAAAUCCAAAGCCUCGGAAAGCUCACUGAAAGAACUCAAGGAAAAGUCACAAAAUGACAGUGAUAAAGAACAAAGGGAUAUGGAUCGAAGAUUUCGAGAAAAAGAACCUGAAAGACAAAGGUAUCGCUUGGACGAUGGCCGAAAACAUAGAACUCACUAUGAGUUUGACAAGUUUUUGAGAAGGAACGAAGAUGAACUGAAAUGGGGAAAAGGAUACAACCAAGACAGAGGGAAGAAAGGGAACCACAACUACAGCUUCACUGUGGAGGCAGUAGACAAACUUGGUAAAGAGGACAAGUGUGAUGACAUGGCAUCCAAAAAGGAGCGCAUAAGAAAUAAGGACCGUCCAGCCAUGCAGUUAUACCAACCAGGAGCUCGUAUUCGAACACGUACGGGCUCUACAAGUAAAACUCCUGACUGCACUGCAAAGUCCUCUGAAGAAACUUGUGACCGAAAAUGUGAGGCUGAGAUUCCUGCUGGAGCCACUUCUGAGAAGAGUGAAGAGGCAGAAUAAAACCACCAUGCAAGGCAUAUUUGUCACGGUUAUGAACAAAUUUCAUUCUUACAUAGUUAGAAAAGGGAACUAGAUGUGAUUCCAGUAAAAUAAGCCAAAACCCAUUAAAAAAGGCAUCUAGUAAUCAUCCUAUAUGACAAAGAUGUACUUUUUUGUCCGGUUAUGGACCGGUGUUUUCUUAAGUUUACUCUGCUAGUGUAAACUAGUAUUUAUUUAGCUAAAAGAGAGAAGAUUUUCUCCUUCAGAAAAUAUUAUGUGAAGAAAAAUGAAGAAAAUUAGUGUUGCAUCAGUUUGAAGUCUGAGGCACUUUAAAUAUGUUCUGUGAAUAACAAUAACUUCAUUGCACAUUUGUGACAACAUGACAUGUUGAUACCAGUACCUCAUUGUGUUUGUGUUAGUUUUCUAAGAACUCUAUAGUGUCGGGUAAGUGUGACACAGUUUCCAGUUCUCAUAUUGUUAAGAAAUUUGUAAUUCAGCCACUUUUUGCCUUUUAUGUUGUAAAUAUUUCCUAAGUUUUGACAUUUACGUUUUAAAACAAAUCAAUCUAACAUAAAUCUCGGCACUUCAGCAGUAUGAUUUCUUUUUUUUUUUUAAUUAUUUUCUGUUUGGGGCACUGACUUUUAAAGAGAUGAUUUGAUAGAAACUUAACACAUAUGUUCAGGUUUUACAUACACUUUAGUUGUAGGAUUUACCCAAAGUAAUAAAUAAAAUGUUGGGGCGGAGGGUAGGAACUAAAUAUGGCAAUUGCAUUAUUUCAUUUUGCAGUUUUUAGAUAUUUUUAAUGCACUGUGACUUUUCCAAUUGUCUGAAACUACGAAGUACAGUAUUUUGUCCUCUUAGCUAAAUCUAAAAAUGUUAGUUUACCUUUAGCAUUGCACAUUGGAUAUUUUAUUAAAUAUGACAUUUUAGUGUUAUAGUUUUGAAAGUUCAAUUGUAUUUUUCAAGACAUUUGAUAUAUCAAAGUUGAAAAUACGAUUCCUCUAAAAUGUUUCCUACUUAUGUUUUAGUUCAUCCAAUUAGAAUUUUUUUAAUAUAAUAAAAUUUUUUAAAUAAAUUAUUAUAAUAUCAAAGUACCAUAGGAAAUUAGGUUUUAGGAAAUUGAUGACCUACAAAAUGUGCAGUCAGCUUGUAUCAGAAAAGCCAUAAGAAUAUGUCAUUUCCCUUGGUUUUUCUUCAAAACCAACUCCUAAGACUUUUGAGUCACUGCUUAUGCUGUUCUAGAUGGAGAAAGCUCCUAGGUGACCCCUGGAAAACCAGAGGAUAAUCAGACAAAUCUUUAUUGGGCUUUUCAUGGUUCUACACUCAUAUGUAUGUCCUGAAGGUCUGUGCAUGCAUGAAAGGGUGUUGCAUUUCGAUUCACAAGCCUGGAUUCCAAUUACAACUUCUGAUUACUCUUUGUGUGACCUCAGACAAGUCACUUGUGGCUUUACUUCCUUAGUUGUAAAAUGAAAUUGAACCAAAUAACCUGUAAGAUUUCUUCCAGUUCUAAAUCAAUAAUUCUGUGUUCCCUUGAGUGUGUAAAAACUAGUAGCAAACCCUUAAUUGGGCCACCCAGGGAUCCUUCAGACAGGAAAUGAGGUUCAGUUUCCCUACAAAAGAGACUAAAAUCUCUUGAUUCUUGGUCUUCACCUUUACCUCUAGAAGCCCAAAUAGGGCACAUCAAAUUUUGAUUCAGCUCCUCUUGAGGAAACAUGAGUACCCUCUGCUGAAAUUAUUCCUACAUGAAAUGUGCCCACUGAAGUGUGCCAAAUAUUAGUAACCAUUUUUGAAGAUUUUCUUUUAAAUACCUUCUUUUUGUCCUGUACUUUACCAUUUAUGCACUUUGAAAUAUAGUGUCUGGAAAAUAGGGCUAAGACUUGCUUGUCACAGGUUUUUAUGAAAUCAAAUAAGAUCAUGAAAAGUGCCCAAGAAAAAAUUUGGAGUGGGAGAAUUCCAGUUUAUCACAUUUUGUUAGAAUUAAAAUUCUCAAAGGGGCCCCAAGACUUUUUUGUCAUUGAAACAGAUAUGGUAGAUUUCAUUUAAUUUUCCCCAAAGUUUUACUUUCUUUUUCAGUUUGAAUUCCAGCAUUUAGCUUCACUUAAUUAUUUGACAAUUUCCUUGAUUAAAAAUCUUUUUUGUUGCUUUUGAGCCCUAUGUUUAGAAUUCAAAUCAUCAUUAUACUGAUUAACUCAGAGCCUUACCAGUAAAUUAUGAAUAAAUACAAGUCAUUCUUCAAGCAUAA